GUUCAUCAUGGCGCUGAGUUCAAGCGUCGGAGUGAACAGGGCACAGAUUAGAGGAUUCACUCAAUGAAAUCAAAUCAAACUGAUUGCCUGCGAGAACCAUGUUGAGGAGAGCGAGCAGCUCGAGCAGCGGGAAGAGCAACACUUCACGGCGGAGCAGCUCUGUAGGCUUCGAUGAGUUCGGCUUUGCUUUCAGUAAGAAAAGAGUCAGGAAACUCCAACACAGAAGUCAUGACUACAGUUAUCCUCAGCCUAAUCCAGUUAAAGUGAAGGAGCUGUGUGAAUUUCUCACUUACUGGAAUGGAUCCAGUUUCAUCUGCAGAAAUCAGAUUGAGAGGUUUAUUCGAAUUGGUAUUCCUCCGGCGAUACGUGGACGAGUUUGGAAAUGCCUCCUAAAUAUCGACAGUCUCAGAGCUGCUAGCUCUUUUGAUUAUGAGGCAUGUCAGGCUGAGAUCCGUAGACCUCUUGUGGAUCUUGGAGUCAGUGAGUACAGCAUCAUCUCCACUAUAGACUCUCUAGUGGACACAGAGAAUGAGAUCAGCAGCGGACAGUCGGAUCUCCCCAGUGCUGACCUCACACUCUUCAAACAGAUCGCCCUCGACCUACGAAGGUCAUUUCCGACCCAUCGCACUCUGAUGGGGAUCGUCCCGAGGCUAUUGAGGGCCAGGCCAAACUUUUCAGAGUUCUUACCGGAUUUGCCCGAUAUAAUCCCCAGAUUGGAUAUGUACAAGGGAUGUCCUAUAUAGCUGCUGUGCUCCUAAUGAUCCUGUCUGAAGAAGACGCUUUCUGGGCUCUGGUUGCUCUGUUAGAGAAGCCCAAGUAUCUCUCAGGGCUCUUUGAUUCCUCUAUGAAGAAGAUUCAACUUCAAGCUUUGGUUUUUCACCAGCUCCUGAAACACAGGAAACCUCUGCUCUUCCAGCACUUGGAGACUCUUGGG